AUGACUUCGUUCACAAAGCUCGCUGACAAUGAGACUCCGGUCAUUGCGGUUCAUCCCACCCGCCGGGUCUCCAAGAUCAACCCGAACAUCUACGCGGGCUUCACGGAACACAUGGGCCGAUGCAUUUACGGCGGUAUUUACGACCCGGGGAACCCGCUCUCGGACGAGAAUGGCUUUCGCAAGGACGUGGUCAACGCUUUGAAAGACCUCAACAUUCCCGUCGUUCGAUACCCCGGUGGGAACUUUUGCGCAACAUAUCACUGGCUGGACGGGGUUGGUCCCAAGGACCAGCGGCCUUCACGUCCCGAGCUUGCGUGGUUGGGCACAGAGACGAACCAUUUCGGCACGGACGAGUUCAUGAAGUGGUGUGAAGUGGUCGGCACAGAACCUUACUUGUGUUUCAACUUUGGCACGGGUACUCUGGAUGAAGCACUUGCGUGGGUCGAAUAUUGCAAUGGUACCGGAAACACAUACUAUGCCAAUCUGCGGCGAAAGAAUGGCCGCCAAGAGCCCUACAACGUGAAAUAUUGGGCUCUCGGCAAUGAGGUUUGGGGUCCCUGGCAGGUGGAACAGACGACCAAGGAAGCCUACGCCCACAAGGCCUUGCAAUGGGCCAAAGCACUCAAACUCCUCGACCCCAGCCUGGUGCUCAUUCUGUGCGGCCAGGAUGGAACCGCCAGCUGGGACUACUACACCUUGAAGCAGUGCCUUGUCCCGGCACACUCGCCUCUCUCCACCAGUGCGGUACCUCUGAUUGACAUGCACAGUAUCCAUCUCUACACCAGCUCCGACCAGCAUCUCCCCAACGCCACCGCUCCUCUGGCUGCGGAACGUGCCAUCGAAAUCACCUCCUCCUUGAUCGAUCUGGCCCGCAUCGAGAACAAGGUCCCCCCCUCGCAACCACGCCCAACCAUCUGCUUUGAUGAGUGGAAUGUGUGGGACCCCAUCCGCGCCGAAGGCAGCCUCGGUGCGGAGGAGAGCUACACCCUCUCCGAUGCUCUCGCAGUAGCCAUCUGGCUGAAUGUGUUUAUCCGGAAGAGCCGCGACGUCGGCAUGGCGUGUAUUGCCCAGAGCGUGAAUGUCAUCUCGCCACUGAUGACCACUCCGGAGGGGAUCAUCAAACAGACCACAUGGUGGCCCUUGUAUCUCUUUUCCCGAUUCAUGCGCGGCUGGACGGUGAGCGCCCACGUCUCGUGUGGCGCGUAUGAGGGCGAGACCGCGCCUGUGUGGCUGCGCAGUGCCAUGGAGACACCCUGGCUGGAUGUGAGUGCGUCGAUGGGAGAGGAUGGAUAUGCCAAUCUCGUGGUGGUGAAUAUUCACGAAGAGCGAGGAUUUGAGACCAAGGUUGAAGGCGUGACGGGUUCUGUCGAAGUGUACACCGUCACGGGAGAGGGUGUGCAGGUGACGAACAUGAAGGGCAAGGAGGAAGUGAGCAUUCAAGAGUCCAAGUGGAAUGGUGAAGGUACCUACGAGUUCCCGAAGCAUUCGAUGACUUUGAUGCGGUGGAAGGCCGAGUAA